UCGCCACACUUCGGCAUGCAGCAGCUGGCUUCCUGCCUGGGCCUGUGGCUCUUCCUCCAGCUCCCCUACCUGGGCUCUGGGACGCGGGUGGUCUACAAGGUGCAGGAAGAGCAGCCCCCCAACACCCUCAUCGGCAGCUUGGCGGCAGACUACGGCUUCCCAGACAUGGGUCACCUCUAUAAGCUGGAGGUGGGGGCCCCCUACCUGCGCGUGGACGGCAAGACCGGCGACAUCUACACCACCGAGACCUCCAUCGACCGGGAGAGCCUGCGGGAGUGCCAGCAGCUCUUCCCGGGCGAACCCUGUUUCCUCGAGUUCGAAGUUUCCAUCACGGACCUGCUGAGCAACAGCCCGCGCCUGCUGGAGGGGCAGAUCGAGGUGCUGGACAUCAACGACAACACCCCCAACUUUGCCUCGCCCGUCAUCACGCUGGCCAUCCCCGAAAACACCAACAUCGGGGCGCUCUUCCCCAUCCCGCUGGCCAUGGACCGCGACACCGGGGCCAACGGCGUCGCCUCCUACGAGCUGAUGCCCGGCUCGGACGCCCAGAAGCUUUUCGGCCUGCAGGUGGCCGAGGACCAAGAUGAGAAGCAGCCACAGCUGAUUGUCAUGGGGAACCUGGACCGGGAGCAGUCCGAGUCCUACGACCUCACCAUCAAAGUGCAGGAUGGGGGCAGCCCCCCUCGGGCCAGCAGCGCCCUGCUGCGCAUCACGAUCCUGGACAUGAAUGACAACGCUCCCAAGUUCGAGAAGCCCUUGUACGAAGCGGAGUUGUCGGAGAACAGCCCUAUCGGCCACUCUGUGCUGCAGGUCAAGGCCAACGAUUCUGACCAGGGGGCCAACGCCGAGAUUGAUUAUUCCUUCCACCAGGCCUCAGACGUGGUUCGCCGGCUACUACGGCUAGACAGAGCCUCGGGAUUAAUCACCGUACAGGGUCCGGUUGACCGCGAGGACGUCAAUGUGCUCAAGUUCUCAGUGUUGGCAAAGGAUAAAGGGGCCAACCCCAAAACGGCCCGUGCCCAGGUUGUCAUCAGCAUCAGGGACAUGAACGACAACGCCCCGUCCAUUGAAAUCCGAGGCAUCGGCUUGGUCACCCACCAGGAUGGGAUGGCCAAUAUAUCAGAAGACGUGCCCGUGGAGACCCCCGUGGCUCUCGUGCAGGUGUCUGACCGGGACGAGGGGGAAAAUGCCGUGGUGACUUGUGUGGUGGCCGGCGACGUCCCCUUCCAGCUGCGACAGGCCAGUGACACUGGCAGCGACAGCAAAAAGAAGUAUUUCUUGCAGACCACCACACCACUUGACUACGAGGCCGUGAAGGAGUACACCAUUGAGAUUGUGGCCGUAGAUUCAGGCAACCCACCCUUGUCCAGCACCAACUCCCUCAAGGUUCAGGUCGUAGAUGUCAAUGACAACGACCCUGUCUUCAGUCAAAGCUACACAGAAGUGGCGUUUCCCGAAAACAAUGCCCCAGACGAUUUGGUUGUGGAAGUGAGUGCCACCGAUGCAGACAGCGGAUCCAACGCCAACUUGGUGUACUCCCUAGACAAAGAGACUUUGCCCCAAGGUAUUUUCUCCAUCGAUCCCGAGUCCGGUGAGAUCCGGGUAAAAACUGUGCUGGACCGGGAACAGCAAGAACGCUAUGAAUUCUUGGUGGUCGCCGCUGACAAGGGCAGCCCUAGCCGCAAAGGCACCGCCUCCGUCGCCAUCAACGUUAUGGACCGCAACGACAAUGACCCCAAAUUCAUGCUAAGUGGCUACAACUUCUCGGUCAUGGAAAACAUGCCACCCUUGAGCCCAGUGGGCAUGGUGACAGUUAUCGAUGCAGACAAAGGGGAGAAUGCCCGCAUUCAUCUCUCCGUGGAGCAGGACAAUGGUGACUUUGUCAUCCAGAAUGGUACUGGCACUAUCCUCUCCAGCAUAUCCUUUGAUCGCGAGCGGCAGAGUACUUACACCUUCAGGCUCAAAGCUGUGGAUGGUGGCGACCCACCCAGAUCUGCUUAUGUUGGCGUGACCAUCAAUGUAUUAGACGAGAACGACAAUGCCCCAGUUAUCAUUUCUCCGUCCAACGCCUCCUAUAAGCACAUUCUGCCCCACACUAGUCCUGGGCAACAGGUCAUGAGUGUUGGGGCUGAAGACAUAGACACCGGGGUGAAUGCGGAGUUGCAGUACAGCAUCACUGGCGGGAACCCCUUUGAGCUCUUCAAGAUUUCGCCGCACAGUGGAAACAUCACCCUGGAGAAGGAGAUUCUCCGCAAGCACCAUGGGCUUCACCGCUUGGUGGUGCGAGUCAACGACAAGGGCAAACCCUCUCGCCAUGGCACGGCCCUGGUCCACUUCUACGUCAAUGAGACGUUGGCCAACCGCACCCUGCUGGAGACCCUGGUGGGGCACAGCUUGGACACACCCCUGGACAUCGACAUCGCCGGCGACCCGGAGUACGAGCGCAGCAAGCAGCGCAGCAACAUCCUUUUCGGCGUCAUUGCGGGCAUCGUCACGGUCACCCUGGUGAUCGUGCUCGUCGUGCUGGUGCGCUACUGCCGCCAGAAGGAGGCAAAGAGCGGCUACCAAGCCGGCAAGAAGGAGACGAAGGACCUGUACGCCCCCAAGCAAGGCAGCAAAGGCAACAAAGCCAAGAGCAAGGUGAAGAAGAGCAAAUCCCCCAAGCCGCCCAAACCUGCAGAGGAUGAGGAAGAGACGGGCCUGCAGAAGUCCCUGAAGUUCAAUCUUAUGAACGACUCAGUCAGCGACAGCCCCCGCAUCCACCUGCCCCUGAACUACCCCCCAGGCAGCCCGGACCUGGGCCGGCACUACCGCUCCAACUCUCCUCUGCCUUCCAUCCAGCUCCAGCCCCAGUCGCCCUCCGCCUCCAAGAAGCACCAGGUCGUGCAGGACUUGCCCGCCACCAACACCUUUGUGGGCACCGGGGACAGCAACUCCACGGGCUCUGAGCAGUAUUCAGACUACAGCUACCGCACCAACCCCCAGAAAUACACCAACAAGCAGGUAGGAGAGCUCGUGCUGCACCCGGCCGCCACUCCCUCCCGCCACGCCCAGGCCAUAUGGACAGAGGUGUGGGAGUGACUUGGACGUGGCCCGCACUGCAUGAACGGACCUUGGCCCCUCGGCGCGGCGUCCGGGUGCGAGUCGCACCGCAGGACUGCUCGAGA